AUGGCCAGCCACCAGCAGAAAGCUACCGGUCACGCUGAGGAGGCCCGUGGGCAGCUUGGAGCGGGCGCUGAGGAAGCUCGCAAGGCCACUCAGGCGAAGAUGGAGCAGGGCAGGCAGGGUCUUUCGGAGACCGGGCAGCAGAUGAAGGACACCUCGGGACGCGCUGCCGAGACUGCUCGCGAGAAGUCCGCGCAAGCUGGUGAUGUUGCGGGGAGGAAGAUGGAGGAGACGAAGCAGGGUGCCUCUGAAGGGCUUGGUCGUGCCCAGGAAAGUGCUCAGAAAACGUGGGAGCAGACCAAAGAGAGCACUGCUCAGGCCACUGAGCAGGCGAAGCAGACGACGGCAGGAGAAACCGCCCAGAGGACGCAGGAGGCAGCUCAGGGCACUGUAGAUAAGACCAAGGAAAUGGCUAGCCGCGCCGCUGAGUCUACCCAAGAGACGGGAAAGGGUGCAGCUGAGCAGGCAAGGAUUGCGGCUGAAGAGGCAGCUGCAAAGACCAGGGAGACUGCUCAGGCCGCUCAGCAGUCCGUCACAGAUACUGUGAAGGGCAUGGGAGAACGCCUGUCUGAAAUGGCUCAGUCUGCUAAGGAGGCCCUGGGCCUGCAGGGUGAGCAGGCACCACCAGCUGCAACUGAUGUCACCACUGAUGUCCCCACUUCAGCCAUGGCGGACGCCGCAGUGAAGCGGUCUGAGGAGGAAAGUAACUUGCUUGAUUUCGACACGGCAGCAGUCGCCGCCGUUACGACGGAGGAGGGGGUUAUUGAGCCACUUCCAGAUUUUGUGGAGAAGGCACUGGUGAACUCGCGAGCCGUGUACGAUGCCAUGUACAAGCGGUCGCUCGAAGAGCCCGAGGCCUUCUGGUCCGAAGUCGCGAGUCACUUCCACUGGAACAAGAAAUGGGAGACAUUCCACUCGUACAAUUUCGACACGCGCAAGGGCCCAGUCGACAUCAAGUGGUUCGUCGGCGGCGAGACGAACCUGUGCUACAACGCCGUGGACCGCCACGUGUCGGCCGGCAAGGGCAACAAGGUGGCGCUGAUCUGGGAGGGCAACGACCUUGGCGUGCAGGGCCAGUGGACGUACUCUCAGCUGCUGUCGCAGGUGUGCAAGAUCGCUAAUUACCUGAAGAGCGUGGGUGUAAAGCGAGGCGACACGGUCAGCAUCUACCUCCCUAUGGUGCCAGAACUGCCAGCAGCGAUGCUGGCGUGCGCGCGCAUAGGCGCGGUGCACUCCGUGGUGUUCGCGGGGUUCAGCGCGGAGUCGCUGGCGGGGCGCCUCGUGGACUCGCGCAGCAAGGUGGUUCUCACCGCCACGGCCGUGCUGCGCGGCACCAAGCUCAUCGCGCUCAAGUCCAUUGUGGAUGACGCGAUCGCGCAGUGCCCCGACGACAACCGUCCGACGACGGUGCUCGUGUACGACAACAAGCUCGCCAUCUCCCGGGAGAAGGCGUCGUUCGUGGAGGGGCGGGACCACUGGUGGCAGGACGAGGUGGAGAAGCAGAGCGAAGUGUGCCCGGUGGAGUGGAUGGAGGCGGAGGAGCCGCUGUUCAUGCUGUACACAUCGGGCAGCACGGGCAAGCCCAAGGGCGUGCUGCACACCACGGCGGGCUACAUGCUGGGCGCCGCCACGUCCUUCAAGUACAUCUUCGACCACCAUGACGACGACGUCUUCUGGUGCACGGCGGACUGCGGGUGGAUCACGGGGCACACGUACCUGACGUACGGCCCGCUGCUGAACGGCGCCACCGUGCUCGUGUUCGAGGGCGUGCCCACGCACCCCGACCCCGGACGCUGCUGGGACGUUGUUGACAAGUACAAGGUCACGGUGUUCUACACGGCUCCCACUGCCAUCCGCGCUCUCAUGCGAUGCGGCGACCAUUGGCCGGGCAAGUACAGUCUCACAUCGCUGCGUCUGCUGGGGAGUGUGGGCGAGCCCAUCAACCCUGAAGCCUGGCGCUGGUACCACUCGGCUAUUGGCCGCGGGCGCUGCCCCAUUGCCGACACGUGGUGGCAGACAGAGACCGGCUCCAUCAUGAUCACUCCUCUGGCGGGUGCGUGGGCGCUCAAGCCAGGCAGUGCGACGCUGCCCUUCUUUGGAGUGGAGCCCGCAGUGCUGGACGAGAACGGCAACGAGCUCCAGGGCGCGUGCAGUGGGUUCCUGUGCAUCAAGCGCGCAUGGCCUAGCAUCAUGCGCACGGUCAAGGGCGACCAUGCACGCUUUGAGGAGGUCUACUUCUCCAUGUUCAAGGGCUACUACUUCACGGGUGACGGGUGCCGCAGGGAUGAGGACGGUUUCUACUGGGUGACAGGGCGAGUGGACGAUGUCAUCAACGUCAGUGGUCACCGCAUUGGAACGGCUGAGGUGGAGAGUGCACUUGUGGCGCACGAAAGCUGUGCUGAGGCGGCAGUGGUGGGGUAUGAGCACCCUAUCAAGGGUCAGGGUAUUUAUGCCUUCGUCACACUCAUGGAAGGGGUGGAGCAAACGGAGGAGGUGCGAACGGCCCUCAAGUCCGCUGUUCGCCAGGCCAUUGGAGCCUUUGCCACUCCUGACGUCAUCCAUUGGGCUCCUGGGCUGCCAAAAACGCGCUCUGGCAAGAUCAUGCGCCGGGUGCUUCGCAAAAUUGCUGCCAAUGACCUGGAGACCCUUGGCGAUAUAAGCACCCUUGCUGAUCCUUCAGUUGUGCAGCAGUUGAUCGAGUUGAGAGGAGUGUAG